CAAUUGUGGCUUCUACACUGGAAUGAAAUGUCAGACGAAGUGGUGUAGAUGGCAACAGAGACAAAUAAUAUGAAAGAAGUUACAGGACCGAUAUUGCAUGUUAUAGUUGUUGGAUUUCAUCACAAGAAAGGAUGCCAGGUCGAGUACUCCUUCCCACCAUUGAUAGAAGGCUCACCUCCAGACUCUUCCACGUGUCCCCCAGGCUGGAAGUACUUGCCCACUCUGGCACUGCCAGAUGGCUCCCACAAUUUUGAUGAGGACACAGUGUACUUUCAUCUCCCCAGUCUCACCAAUCCGAAGGAGACUGUCUACGGAAUAUCCUGCUUCAGGCAGAUUCCUGUCGAGAGGCUAAAAGCUCGCACAUCGGACAUUACUCGCGGAACCGUACAGAAGUCGGUCUGUGUUCUGAGCCAGCUGCCAUUGUUUGGGCACAUCCAGGUGAAAAUGGCUCUGAUCACACACGCUUACUUUGCGGAAGGGGAUUUCAGCAAAGUGUCGCUGCUGCAUGACACCUACCACCACCUGAAUGGGUGCCUUGCAACCACUCCGCCACUUACCACCAAUCCUCCUCCACCGCAGCUUUUUGUGGGCCUGUCAGCGCGAGAUCUGGUGCUGCAGUUCCGGCACAAGGCGCUGCUCCUGUUCAAACUCCUGCUACUGGAGCGCCGCAUCGUCUUCUACCGCUCCCCCGUGCAGCCGCUUUGCACUGCCAUCCUGUCGCUGCUAUCUCUGCACCCUGGCAUGCUGGAGGCGGGGCUCUCGGAGUCUGCCUGUGUCAGGCCAUCGAGACCGAUGUCUCCAAUUCCAGAUUUCUGUGAAGAUGGUGACAGUGUAGGAGAAUCGUUAGCACAAAAUGGAACUCACUUACAGACUCCAGGCGAGGAAGUUAGUUCAGGUUCCUCAACAGUAGCGGGCACUCCCAAGGAGGAGUGCGACAGGGUCUCACCGUGCACGGAGGAGACCCCUGCAGAGGUGGAUGAGAAUGAGAACAGCCAGAACAGCACGUGGUACGACAGGGAGGGUGAUGCAAAGCUGCCAGUGUCGGACAGUCUGAGCAGCCUGCUGCUGCAGAGGGACCAGGCAGGCAUCCAGGGCAACACGGCGCACAUCGACCAGACGGGUGCUGGCAACGUCGCCGCUGCAGCACACGUCGACUCCCGGCUCUGCGGUGCACCCCUACCCGUGUUUACACAGGGUUACUUGUGCCACCCUUACUUGUCUUUGCCGUAUCUGGACCUUCUGAGUGACGUAAAUGUACGGGGAUAUGUGGUGGGUGCCACCAAUGUUCUUUUCAAGCAGAAGAAGCAGCUUGCCGACGUUCUCGUGGAGGUAGAGAGUGCAAAAGUAGAAACGCAGGAACCUGAACUGAGGCGGCUCCUGCACCUGACGACAGAAGACCUGCGGUUUGCGGAUUAUGUUGUGCGACAAGUGUCAGAGGAUCGGCACGAUGUCUUCCUGGAUGGUGUCGGGUGGGAGGGGGGUGACGAGUGGAUACGGGCACAGUUCCGUGCCUACCUACUUUGCCUUCUGCGCACGUCUCUCUUGCAGGAUGGAAGCCGGGAAAUUGAACAUUUUAAUGCAAAUUUCAUGUCAGCAUGGAAAGAUACGCACAAUUAUAAAAUGUGGGUCAGUUCUGACCAUUCUGCUAUAUGGGAUGUGAACCCAGGCCAUCCGUUUGCUGGACAACUUUCAGUUUCGGACAUGAAGCUAAGGCUGUCACACACAAUGCAGAACACGGAAGGAGGUCGUAAACUGAAUCAAGCAAUGGCAUCCACUGGGCGCGCUGUGGCGACGACUGGCAGAGCAGUUGGAGGCGCCCUGUCCCAAGCGCGAGGUGCUCUCUCCAGCUGGUGGAGCACACUGACAACUGCCCCUCCGGGUGGCAGCACAGCAGCCAGCUCUGCCUCUGAUGAAGGCGAGGGGACCUGUGAGGGCAGCACAGGUGCCGUCGACGAGGCUGCAGACGCCCUGCAGACACCCGGUUCAGCGACUGACAUGCACAGGUCGCCCACGGUGGAGCAGCCAGCGCCCUCCACCACCACUGUUAACUAGUGCCAUGGCUGAGGCACUCUAUCUUGAAUCUGAAAAUGGAUGGCCAUUGUGCUAUAAAAUGAGUUUUCUUAACUCAGUUAAAUGUCUGUGAUUAUAAUUUAAGUAAAAACUACAAUGAACUAUUCUCCCUGUGUACUUAGUUAAUUGUGGCUCUAUUAUUAUCAAGUUAGGUAGUGUCUGUAAUGAUUGUUUCAUAUAUUUGUUGCACUGAUUUUUAUGGAGUAUGAACUUCAUAGUGUUCUGGGCUUUAAGUACACACUGAGGUGCUGUUAAGAAGAGUGGACACACUCCAUAUGAUGAAGUGGGGCUUUGUGUGUGUGUGUGUGUGUGUGUGUGUGUGUGUGUGUGUGGAGAGAGAGAGAGAGAGAGAGAGAGAGAGAGAGAGAGAGAGAGAGAAUGAGAAUGCAUAACGGUGACUUGAAAGAACACUUGUAUGCAGGAUCUCAUGUGUGGAAUGUCGAAAGUAUUAGUACUGAAAGGCAGAUGACUUUUUUAUCUUAUUCAUUUCCUUUCAUUGGGUUAUGAGUGGCAGUGCUGUUGUUUGUCUGCACAAAUAAUUCCUGUCAUAUGUAUAAAACCUUUUGAACAUUUAUAAAAUAAAAGUAAUGGAGUGGCAGAGUGCUGAAGGUGUAAGAUUAAUAACUGUUUUUAAGUAUGAAGCUGUUAAUCAAUAAUUUGACGAGUGUGUAGAUUCUAGAAUGAAACAUUUUUGUAAUAGUUCCCAUCAGUUGGGUACGUUUUAGUGAUUGUUAAAAGUACUGUGCAGGUGUUAGUACCAUACAGCUCACAACUGUAAGAUUGUAGUGACAACCAGGGAUUUGUGGGUCCUGCAAAAAUUGUCAGUGGUGUGUUGCUGUUGUGGCAAUACAAUAUGAUUUUUUGUUGCUUUUAUCAAAGUGUUUUAUGGCCUGCAUUUAGUGUUGCUCUAAUGCCAGGUACAACUGAAACAAAUGCUGAAAUGGAGAUGCUGUUUGUGCAAAUUGUAGAAUUCAUUCCAAAUCAGAAAGAACUGGGAGAGGUAUUUGGCAUUGUAAAAGGCUGAGCUGACAUACCACUGACUACUAACAACAAAGGACUAUGUUGAACCAUAAAAUGUUUUGUGUACGAUCAGUUGGAGCAUUGAGAUAUCUCACUCUUCAUUUUUGCAGUGCAGAAUGUAACAAUUCUGAGUAAGCAGCAAAAAAAUUCGGUUUUCUUUAAGAGUACUGGCUUUCCACAAACAUUUCAUAGGAGGAUAAUUUUGAUGUCUUCCUGCGGGUUAUAUCAUUUUUAAUAUUUCCUAUUGCACAUCCUCUACUGCAAGACUUCUCGUUCACCUUCAGUUACUUUUAUUUCAUAAUAGUGGUUGUGUGAUGUGUACCACUGUUCUGCUUAAGAAGAAAGGAUCCAACACUGGACAUAAAAUGUGUAAUUAAGGUAGCUGGAAUACUUGCCAUAUGUAAUUAGUAGUAGACAGCUUUUCAUUGAUGACAUUAUAAAAACUAAUAACUUUUAAUUGUAUUGUUGUGUUCCUUUCAAGUAUUGGUUCUUUCAGGCCGGAAACAACUGCAGUGCAAUUCAGACAAGCUAUGUGAAACAGUGGUCAGGUACACAUUAUUUUUAAUUUUUAUAUGUGUAAAUAUGAAAUGCUUUGUUCAUCAAGAGUGCUGUAUGAAAGUUCCUUUAUCAGUACAGAAGAAUAUGUUACGUUAUUGUCAGAGAAUUGUUUAUUUUAUAGGUUACAGUCUGUUAAAGGUAUCUUUUAACUCUUUGUGGUCCAGUGUCAUGUGUAGACCAAUAUGAUAAAUGGUGAGUUUUGAAGCUGGACUACAAAGGGUUAUGCAUCCUGUUAAAGUAGAGAAAAUAUUUUUUAUUCUGAUAAGUAUAUUUGCCUGUAUGCCCUGUUGAAAUUUUUUGUGACUUACUACUGUACAGUGUGCUUGAUCUUUCAUUUUUAUUACUUGUAGCAAGCCAGUCAAGAUAUUUGUAUUUCUUAUUGACAAUAAAUUCCUAAUGUACUUGUU